AUGGCUCUUCAAGAUCUGUACGCAGCACUGAAUAUGCCACCACAACUCAAGGGAUGGAAACUGAGUGAUGGUGACCCUUGCAGAGAAUCAUGGAAAGGAGUUUCUUGCUCUGGAUCAUCAGUCAUACUCCUCGAACUUCAUGGGCUUGAGUUGUCUGGACAUCUAGGGUUCCAGCUCUCCAAUCUCCACAGCUUGAAGAAGCUAGAUGUCAGUUUCAAUAACCUUCAGGGUGAAAUUCCUUACAGCUUACCUUCAAAUGCCACACACAUAAAUUUAGCAUGCAACAAUUUUACUGCAAAUAUCCCAUCUACAGUUACCUCUUUGGAAAAUCUGUGGCAUCUGAACUUGAGCCACAAUUUUUUAUCUGGGCCUGUGGGGAAUGUAUUCGAGGGGCUACAAAAUCUUAAAGAACUGGAUCUGUCAUACAAUAACUUCACUGGAGAUCUACCUAGUUGCUUUGGAUCUUUGACAAAUCUUAGUAGAUUGUUCUUGCAGAAUAAUAGAUUUACUGGAUCGGUAAUGCUGUUGGCUGGUCUACCUCUCCAUGACCUGAACAUUCAAGAUAAUCAUUUUAGCGGUGUUCUUCCUAACCAAUUCCAAUAUAUACACAACUUGUGGUUUUGGGGCAACACUCUCAAGCCAAGCGAAAAUGAUCCACCAUGGAAUUUCACGUUAGGAACCAUCCCAACUGGGAAGAAUGCUAGUCAUCCACCAACUAAUAAGUCGAGCGCUAUUGAGAAUUUUUCUUAUCCUCGUGAAGGAGCUAUCCACAAGAAGAAAGGACUUGGUCCAGCCGGAGUAGCCGGCAUGGUUGUUGGUGGAACUCUACUGGUGACCUGUGCAGCACUGAUCAUUGUGGUCCACAUUCAUCGAUCUCUAGCGAUAAAACGUUUGAGUGUGGAGAUCCGCAGCGAUUGCUCACAUCACUCUCUUCCACUCAAUACCAUCAGAGAUUAUUGUUCUCAUGCAAAAAAGAGCCUACAAUCCUCGGCUCCUCCUGUGGCUGCUGCAUGGCAUGUACCCCCCACUUGCUCCAGAGGGAGUGGGAAGUCUGUGCGAAGUUUCUCCGAGACGCAGAAAUUUCCAGUGGCUGCUAAAGUUUAUUCAGUGGCAGAGCUUCAAUUAGCAACAAACAACUUCAAUGAGAAGAACCUUCUGGGAGAGGGAUCUCUUGGUUCUGUUUAUAAAGCAGAGUUUCCCAAUGGUCAGGUUUUGGCAGUGAAGAAUGUCAAUACGGUGCCACUGUCUCUCCAUGAAGAACAAUUCUUGCAAGUGAUUCAGAACGCAGCCUGCUUGAGGCAUCCAAACAUUAUAGCACUUCUGGGCUAUUGUCUUGAGCGUGGACAGCAUCUACUUGUCUAUGAGUAUGUCAGAAAUUUCAGUCUUGACGAUGCUCUGCAUAUCAAAGCACAUAAUACUCUCUCUUGGGGCCUGCGACUCAGAAUUUCUUUUGGCAUAGCACAAGCCUUGGACUAUCUGCAUUCAAAAUGCUUGCCUCCUGUUGCUCACAACAAUUUAAAGGCUGCUAACAUAUUACUUGAUGAGGAGCUCAAGCCCUGUAUCUCUGACUGUGGGCUUAGCAUUUUGAGGCCCCUUAAGAGCAACAGUGUUAAACUCAAGGCUUCUGAAAUGGCUAUUUGGGAUACCAGUUACAUUGCACCUGAAUCCAUUCAAAAUGGAGUUGAUGGCAUAAAGGGUGACAUCUAUGCCUUCGGGGUAUUGCUUUUAGAGCUGUUAACAGGAAAGAGGCCUUUUGAUAGUUCAAGACCAAGGGAAGAGAGAUAUCUGGUGAAUUGGGCAUCUUCCCGGCUUCACGAUAAGGUGUCUCUGCAAGGGAUGGUUGAUCCAAGCAUGAAAGGAACAUUCUCUUCCAGGGUGCUCUCUCGGUUUGCUGACAUUGUCUCCCUCUGCAUUCAGCCCGAGAAGGAAUUCCGUCCACCAAUAUCAGAAAUGGUGGAAUCGCUCGCACAUCUGAUACACGACGAGGUCUCAACAGGAACUGAAAAAUGCUCCACCACUGCAGAUGACAACGAACUCGAUCUCUUUGAUGACAAGUCCUUCAGAUCAACACACACGAGAUUCUUUGGCUCGCCUUCGAUGAGCUGCUAUUCAUCAGCCCCUUGAGGAUUUUUGACGGGCUGCUUCUUGCAUUUGAGAAACAAGGCCUGUGCAAUUCCUGUUUGCACGUAUGAACAUGAUUGACCAUUAUUCUUUCUCAACUCCACAGUGAUAUAAUUUGCUGCUUGCAAUUCCACCAGCGACUAUUCUUCUAUGAGUUACAACUACUGAUAAACAAAGAAUCAAAUCUC